AAAGAUAAUACUAGUAAUAAUAAUAUGAUGAACAUAGGGAUUGAUGUUGAUGAUGAUGAUACAAAUGGCAAGGGAAAGUCACCUUCAUACUUGCAACUGGUGCAACAGCAACAGAUAGAACAUCCAUACACCAACAACAACACUGCUGUUAUCACGUCCACAACAAAGUUGGACGAUACUAUUAGAGUCAACAUUAGAAGUGCAGAGGACCCCAUUGUCACGAUCGAUGUUGGCUUGAGUGACACUAUCGAGCAGGUCAAGCACAGGAUACUCGAGUUGAAGAACAAGAAAGCACAUCGAUUGAGAAUGGUCUACAAUGGACGAAUGCUCAGCGACAAUCAAACGGUCAGGGAGUCGAAACUAAUCGAUGGUGCCUUUAUAAUAUGCUCUAUUACAAUGCCUCUGUCAAUACCUAGCAGUGACUCUACAAACAACAACAAUAGCAACAAUACAUGUUUAAACAACAUUACCAAUCACAACAUUAUCAUCAACAACAACAACAACACUAUUGCUGCUGUGCCUGUAGUCAACAGCUCUCCUAGCACUCCACCAAUCAUAUCGAAUGUUGUUAACAACAGCAAUACAAAUAACAAUGACUUUGUUUUGGAAAUGAAUGGAAGAGUACAAUCAGCUAUUAUAUUAGAGGAUGAUCAGGCAUUUGCAAUGUCGUUGCAAACCAAUAUACUUAGAGACUCACUGGAGCUACUGUUUGGACUUGCCUCUGGCUUCUUCUUUGGACCGAUCAGUCUAUUUUGGCUGUCCAAAGACUAUCUAGCGAGGAACGUCAAGUUUGGAAUCGUAAUGGGUGUAUCGAUGAAUGUCUUUGUUGGUCUGACAAAG